AGUUUCGUGUCGCUCAUUCACAAAGUUGAGAGAGAUUCGCCCUCGCGAAACUGCAAAAGCUGACUUGAACCCUUUUCCGGAGAAGCCAGAAGACACAGCGAAGGGAUGACGUCGAAUAUAAUACUAUUCGAGGACAUUUUUGUCAUCGACCAGAUCAACCCAGAUGGUAAAAAAUUUGAUAAAGCUUGUCGGAUUGUAGCACAGAGCCAAAAUUGUGACAUGUCCAUGCAACUUGAUAUCAACAACGAUAUAUAUCCCAUGGAUGUGAAUGACAAAUUUACAAUGGCAUUGGCUUCUACACUGAAUUAUGAUGGGACACCUGACACUGGCUAUUACAAUGCAGCGAAAAGGAAAAAUCUUGCAGACAAAUAUGAAUAUGUCAUGCACGGGAAGCUAUACAAGCUAUCCGAGGAAGGUUCAGGAAGAUCGAUUACAGCGGAAUUAUAUGCUUCCUUUGGCGGCCUUCUUAUGUGUCUCAAAGGGGACCCUUCUCAUGUGGCUCACUUCGAGCUCGACCAGAGAGUGUUCCUUCUGAUAAGGAAGAUCAACAAGUGAAAGCAGUAUCCGUAUGAUGAUGAAGUAACUUGUAAUAUAUGUUUCUCCUUGCUACUUUGAGUUUCAUCUGAACCUGCAUUCGUCCAAUAAGGUCUUGUUGUUCAAAGUGGCUCCCUUGAUCUUGUACUGUAUUAUUCGACUUGGGGAUCCUUUGUCCGUUUGGUCGUGUCGUGCUACGUAAAUGAUUAUUAUGAUACUUAGUAGAUUAUCCAUGAGUAUUUAAGUAGAGCUGGGUACUCUCGAGAGUUUUCUCUUAUCUUUAUAAUUCAAUUUCCUUAAGCAUCGAGUAGAAGGGGAGUCCCUACCUGUUACAUUAAGCAAAUGUGUCUCACAGACCCCAUAAAGCUUAUACAAUG